GAUCCUAGCAUCUCAAGCCUCAGCCUUACCGUGCUUAGCACCAACGUGCGGCGCUCAUCCGAUCCCCGCUGACCCCGAACACCCGCCUCACUCUGUCCAGACUGUCCCCUUUGCUGCGGCUGUGUGCCAUGUACUGCACUGUGAUCCCGCCCACGCGUAAAUGAGCUGUAGCCCCCGGCGCGCAGCAGAAUGCGUCUCCGACCCGGACACAGCGAGCAUGACCUGAAGAGGAGAUCCACGCUCGACCCAGCUGGCCUGUUCAGGCGCAGCGACAAGGCCGACAAGAACGACAGGUCGACCGAGUUCCUGGCGGCCGAACGCAUUGCCGUGUCUGAAGAUGGCGGCCGGCCAGCGUCGAGCGAGGUUGCGCGGCCCUCUGUCUCCCGCGACGCCCACCACUCUCCGCCCUCCUCUCCGCGUCCCACGAACCCGCGCCGAUUCUCUAUGCUGAGGUUCCGCCAUGCCUCAGACUCGCAGCUGUCGACGACGGCCAAGGAGCACGCUGCCCGGGACGCGCCGCCGGUGCCGCCGGUGCCUGCCAGCGCAGCUGAGCGCAGCAAUGAGCCUCCAGCCAUAAUCACCACACCACCAACCUUCAUGGACCCCGAGCAGGACGCCAAGAAUGACCAUCCGGCCUCCAAGAAGCGCGGACGCCUGCAGCAGUUCACGCUGCGCCGACGCUCAUUCGACCCAGCGAGCGUUGACAGGCCCGGUGGCAUCCUGCGCAAAUCCAUGGACAAGAAGCGAAGCGGGCCGCUGGGGUCGAAGAAGAGCAAAAUCAACCUGCUCGAGGAAGAAGGGGAGCGAUUACCGGCGAGACAGCAGCGACCCGAGGAGCUGUCCGAGGCGCGCGACUUUGCGGAAGGCACGACUGCCCUGGCGCCCCCAACACACCGUGCGUCCGAGUCGUCUCGAUCAGAUGGCAGCUCUGGCGGACACGUCUCGUUCGAGACCAACACACGACCUCCGCACCCUCAGCGCAUUGGCUCGACGCGCUUUGGCUUUGGACGGCGGAAGCAGCGCGCAUCGCUGUUCCCACUGCCCAUGAAGAUCGAGCCUCCUCAGUUCCCAGACACAGCACCUGCAACACCUCGCGCCUCUACCGGCGGCAUCAGCACCGGCUCGCCCGGCUCACCCUCAGGCAGCCCCCCAUUGACCGCACGCCGAUACACCGAAGGGGACAAUGGGACACAUACACCACCGCUUCCGUCUGCUUCGCAAGUGGCCUUAGCUGCAACCUCGCUCAACCUGGCUUCGCCUGGCACUGGCACUGGCACUGGCACUGGCUCGCUCUUCCGCAACGACUCUUCCAGAUCUGUUCGCUCGGCUCGCUCUUCACCACAGCCUCCCAAGCGAAUUGGGUUGCGAGGGCGAUCUUCAACAAUGGGCUCGUUGGGUGGCAUGUCUGAUGACAACCCGUCACCCACACCGCCCAAUGGCCUCAGCGGGAGGAACUCGACCUCUACCACCGCAGGUCGCAGUAGCUUCAGCAACCUGUUUAGCUUGGGAAGAUUUCGUCAGAAUGAUCUGCACCCAUCCAGACACGGCUCUCCUGCUCACGGAUACACAGGGACUUCCGGCUCCUCCCACCAGAACUCGCUCAGCAUCAGCAGAGAAACCCUGAUCAUGCCCGAGCGCGAAGAGGGCGAGACGCCCGGUCGCUAUCUGGAGAGGAUCGAAGCCAACAACGUAGACAAGAGUGUCGUUGCCAGCUACCUCUCAAAGACGGACGAUCCGUUCCUUCUGUCAGUGUUGCGAAGCUACAUGCGCAAGUUCGCCUUCUUUGGCGAUCCCAUCGACAUGGCGAUCCGCAAGCUGCUCAUGCAGGUUGAGCUACCCAAGGAAACGCAACAGAUCGACAGAGUGCUACAGGGUUUCGCCGACCGCUAUCACGAAUGCAACCCUGGCAUCUACAUAAACACGGACAAAGCGUACUUCAUCUCGUUCUCCAUCAUCAUCCUCCAUACAGAUUUCUUCAACAAGAACAACAAGCGCAAGAUGCAAAGAAAUGACUACAUCAAGAACUCCUCGUGUGAGGGCGUGUCUGACGAUGUCCUUGGGUGCAUUUACGAUAACAUUAUUUACACACCUUUCAUCCACAUCGAAGAUGAAGUGGAUCUUAAGAACAUCUCGUCGAAGAAGAGCAGAAGAACAGCUGUGCUCAAGGGCCCGAACGAUCCUGCCCGUAAAGUCAAGAAGGAGCCCAUCGACCCCUACACCUUGAUCUUUGAAGGCAAACUGGAUGUUCUCCGGCCUACCAUCAAGGACGUAAUGAACCUGGACGACCCCUAUAACUAUCUUGGAACCGCUGCAACGCUCGAUACUAAGAACAUCUACAAGUCCUUCACAAGGUAUGGUGUUAUACAGAUCGUCUCGUCACGGUCCAGACCAGAAGCCUUCAUGUCGGAAGCCGCCCAAGAGAACCCGUUCGGGACGUCAGUUGGUAUCGUCGAAAUGCCUGUGACCAAGGUUGGCAUACUGUGGAGAAAGGACCCGAAGCGCAAGAAGGCACGCUCUCCCUGGCAGGAGUGGGGUGCAGUCCUCACUCGUUCAGGCCUGUCGCUAUUCCGCAACAGCAGUUGGGCUAAGAACCUGAUGAGCCAGCACGAACAGCACGUCAAGCACGGCGAAGCCGGCCCUGCAGUCUUCUCGCCUGCUCUCCAAGAGUUCAAACAAGACCACAUGAUACCCAUGGACGGUGCUGUUGCUUUGGUCGACAAUACUUACAAGAGACACAAGAAUGCCUUUUCAAUAUGCUCCAAGAUUGGAGAGGAGACAUUCCUGGCUGACAGCGAGCAAGACCUGAAUGACUGGUUGGGUGUCCUCAACUACACUGCAGCUUUCGAAACCAUGGGUGUUCGCUCGAGAGGCAUGAUCGGUGGACUGUACGAAGGUCAGAAGAAUCGUGGCAUCAGACGUCUGGAUUCCUCGCAGUCUGGAAAGUCCAUCCCUACGGCAACUGGCGACGUCAUUGUCCAGAGCGGCAAAAUUGACAACCAGUUCGCGCAACAGGUGGUGACGGCGAGGAGAGAAACGAUGCAGUCCCGAAUCUCUGAAUCGGAAGACAAGCUAGCAGAUGCGAUCAAGGAGCUUGAGGCACGUCUUCGUGAUGCUCGGCAUCUUCAAAUUCUGGCGCCCAUUCAGCCGAAGACUCGAGAACUCGUGAUUCAUGCUGCUGGGCGUCUAUCCGCGAGACUCAAGUGGUCGCGUAUCGAGAUUUGGCGCAUGAAGUGUCACCGUGACAUACUAGCACACGAGCUGGAAGAUGAGAAGCAAAGUGCUACCGAGACACAAGCACGAAACGACCGGAUCGCUGAAUCUUCGCAAGCACAGCCAGCGCAAAACUCGCCUGCCUCUACCAGCAAGAUCUCUAAGAUCAGCGGGCUGGCUCGUCUGGCGUCAAAGACGAGUUCUUUGACUAGCAGUCACAAGCCGCCGCUCUCCCCUGAAGGGUCCACCGCGCGCCCAACCACGAAGUCUUCGGGCAACACCGAGAUUGACGAAAGUGCUUUCAAGACGCCUCCCGAGAUGUCGCGCCAGACAAGUCCCACAUUUCCGUCUGGCUCUUACAGUGUGCCGCCAAUCUCGUUCAGCCCACCUGCUUCAGACCGCCGCAGCUCGGUAGCCAGUUCUUCUGUGCAAUCUCCUCGACUAUAUCCAGUUGACAAGCGCCCGUCUGUAUCAACAUUCGAUGACGGUACAGUGGGCUCAGAUGACGAUUCAGAUGAUGAUGUUAGAUACGCCACACCGCCACUCAUCGAAACUGACGCGAUUCAGCCGAAGACGCCUGAGCCAGCUACAGACGGAGCCGUCGAGUCUGAUGCUGAGCAGAGUCUUGCAGCUCAUGCAGGCUCUCCUGCAUCGCGCACGAAGCACCGGCGCAGCUUGCAUCGCACGCUUCGAGAAUCACAUGGUAGCUCAUCGCACCGUCGCAGCCACAAGGGUCGCGAUUCGGCCUCGACUAUCACUAGCGAAGGAGCCUCGGAGAGUGAAGGUCUGAACCGCAGUAAAGGCAGCUUCACCGUACACGGCAAGAAGGCGUCCGUCAUUCAGUUCGGGUCUGACUGGCACAACACUACCGCGGAGGAGAGGCUGAAGGCCAAGAAGCAGCUUCAAGAGGCGCAAGAGCUAGCUUCGGCUGACGAGCGAGAUGGCAGCGUCAGUGACGGUACCGUCGUCAGCCCUGGAUCCGAAAGGAACGACGACACACCUCGUCGCAACCUGUCUUCAGAGCAGGUCAAGCAACGCCAUGUCUCUUCCCAGACCAUCACACCUGAGAACUUCCAUCACUCCCUCGAGUAUCAGGACCCGGACUCUGACGGCGGCUCUGAACUGAGCGAUGUUGCAGAGGAGAGCACAAGCAAGGACGGGGUACCGAUUGAAACGACACCCACUGAGACCGUCACGACCGAGCCCGCCGCGACUGAGCCUGGGUCUACCGAGACGUCAUCAAUGGACUACAUCAAGCAAUUGACAGACCACAACGAAGGCCUCACUGAAGCAAAGAACCCAGACGAAGUCGAACCCAAACCAUAACAACACUGGGCACUAGAACAUCAUACUCGCAACAUACCCCUUUCAUUUGUGUUUUGCAUAUCUGGAUCUUGAAAAGUGGAUUCUCCAAUUUUCCUUACGUUGCAUAGCAAGCAAAAGCGAAUCAUUUCAUUUACAUACUCACUUUCAUCGGCAAUUGCGCAUACAGCAUGGCGCGGGUGGACACGGCUUGGAUGAUAGCACUUCACGGCAGGACGCUUUUCUCAUUUCCUUGGGCACUCGCAGCAUUGCAGUAUGUAUCUAUAGACAGUGGCGUUCAGUCAGAAUCGAUGUGGGCAGGCUUGGAUUGGAAGGUAUGGGGCCGAGGUGGCGAUGGAAUGAUACCACUCUCAUGGGUUGGAUGGACAGUGCGGUAGGAGAGGGUAGGGAGAGAAUCGAAGCCCUGCAAUUCAGA